AUGGGUCGAAUGAGGGUCACAAUUUAUCAAAAAAUACAAGUACUUACACUUUUUCAAGCUGGUUUAUCUUAUUCAGAUAUUCGAAAACAACUCGGAGUUUCAAAUGGUUGUAUUAGUAAUGUUGUCGAAAAAGACAAAUUAAAAUUAUCAUUAAAAAAUCGCCCAGGUCAAGGACGAAAAAAGUCGACAACGCCCAAAGAAGAUCGUUAUUUAUUGAAUAUUAUGAAGAAAGAUCGUGAAAAAAGUAGUCGACAAUUAGCAUCUGAUUGGUUUUUAUCGAAUGGAAAGUCGAUUAGCCCAUGCACGGUGCGUCGGCGCUUAUUAAAUGCUGGAUACAGAAGCUACACUACAAAACGAAAACCUUAUCGAAAACCACGUCACUGUUCUUCUCGAUUACGUUUUUCUGAAACAUAUUCUGAUUGGAAUUUCAGUGACUGGAAAACUGUUAUUUUCUCGGAUGAGUGUCAUUUCGAGGUUUUUAACAGAAAAAAUCGAUCAUAUGUACGUCGUCUACCAACAGAAGCUGAUAAACCAUUUUGUUUUCGACCACGUGUUCAAGGUGGUGGUGGUUCAAUUAGUGUUUGGGGUGCCAUGACAGCCAAAGGAGUUGGUCCUUUGGUAUUUUAUGAUGGUAGAAUGAAUGGCAACAACUAUAUCGAUACUAUUAAAAAUGAAUUACCACCAUAUAUUAAAAAAAAUUUCGAUGGAAGUGACCCAUGGUAUUAUGUUCAAGAUAAUGCACCAUGCCACAAAUCCGAAUAUAGUAUGAAAUGGUUUCGAAAGAACAAAAUUAAUCUUAUGGAUUGGCCAGCUGUAUCACCAGACUUCAAUGUAAUUGAAAAUCUUUGGGAUAUUAUUGACAAAAAGCUGAUCAGUUAUCGUGUAACCAAUGUUAAUGAUCUUCAGCAAGCCAUUAUAAAAUUAUGGAAAGAAAUACCACCUUUAACAUGUGAAGAUUUAGUUCGAUCAAUGCCCCGACGAAUGAAACAAUCUAUUCGUGUCAAGGGAAAUACGUCAUCAAAAUAUUGA